AUGUCGAGACUGACGGAGCGACAGCAGCUCGCGCGCGCGAUGGCGGAGAGCUCCGCGAUGACGCCCGCGCUCGCGACGACGCGCGACGCGAAGGGGCGAGCGACGACGGGCGACGCGCGACGCGGGACGCGCGACGCGGAGCCGCGAACGCCGGCGCCGCGCGCGACGACGACGACGCGGGCGACGAUGGAUUCGAGCUCGACGUCGACGACGCGCGGGAAGCGACGGUCGAGGGUGGAGAAGGAACUGGCGAGUCUGGCGCCGUGGGCGUGGGACCCGCUCGUGGGGCGACACGCGCCGGGGCCGUCGGCGCUGCGGGAUUUCUCAGAGGUCGUCGCGGACGGCGUCGCGGCGCGCGUGGCGAACGCGAUCGGGAGCGGGCAAAAAAUUGAGAUGAAGACGUUCGAUCGCACGCUGGCGCUGCGGGGGGACGACGCGAGAGAGGGCGAGGGGGGGGCGAACGCGCGAACGAAGCCGCGGGAGAAGACGACGCGGGAGAAGGAGACGAAACGAGCGAGCGCGACGACGGUGACGAAAACGACGGGGACGAAAAGUCGAGAACGUUCUUCCAAGGCGGCGGCGGUGACGCCGAUCGUUUUGUCCAAGACUUUGGACGACGUCGCGGCGACGCCGACGGAGAAGAAACCGACGCGGACGAGCGCGAGGACGACGCGCGGAUCGAACUCCGUGCAGACGACGGCGAUCGAGGUCGUCGACGUCGCUGAAAAGGAAAACAAACCCAUCGCUAGAAAGAAAGCGAUCGAGCAGCGCGAGAUCGGUGCACGCGUCAAGCGAAGCGGAGCCGGAGUGCUCAGGGACUCGAACGGCGCCGCGGCGAAGAAGGAAGCGACGCCGACAGAGGUCGCGCCGGCGGCGAAGAAGAGAAAGACACCGCCAGCGCAAUCGGUGGCAAAAGACACCAAGACGGUCGUGAAGGCUUUCCAGACCCCCGCCGCGACGAAGAAGCGCGCCAUCGCGCCGGUGGAGGAAAAGACGCCGUCCAGGGAAGAUCUCGCGCUUCGAAAGUUAACCGUCGCGCGAAAGCAAAGAAUGGAAGCACAGUUAGAGUUGGUACUCGCGAAAACGUACGUCCGAGCGAUCAAACGUCCGAUCAUUCCGCAGGCAAAGCCAUCGCAAAGAUUACUCGAUGCGUAUCGCGCUUUUUCUCUCGCGUGCGCGGCGAACAGAGAGGCGCCGCCAAAGCCGGCUGCACGUCCUCGAACGCUCGAGUUCGGCGCCGCACUCGCACGCGGCGUCGAUACUUUGAGAGCCGAAGAUGAGAGCGUCGCAGCGGGCGUCAACUAG